ACCAACGGCCCUGAUCCUUGAACAGCCGCCGAGUGCAGAUGACUACGCCACAAAGCCGGAACAAAACAAAGAUGCACAAAGUAAGCAUCUGAAGACUCCAACGUAGUGGGUGGUGGUAUCAUGCCGUUCGGGGUGUUCCUCUUAAAUGACACAAAGGAGAAAGAUGGAGAACUGGAAAGGGAAUGAAAAACCGCGGCGGGCAGUGCCCAAGUUCGCAUCCUUCAAACCGAGUCCAACGCCCACUCCCGAGACCGGGCCAGACAGGCCGCGAUCCACACCGCAGGAGGCACGGACUCGCGGGGAGGAGAAACGAAGGGCGGAGGAUCGACGGCAUGACGACCAUCGGCGCCACGACCAGGAGUCUGGCCGUGACCGUGAUCAUGAGCGGGCACGCGACUGGCGUCCCCGUGCUGAGCGCGACCGUCAUCGAGAUGGCGACCGGAAUAGGGAGAGUAGUCGAGACCGGCCAAGGGCUUAUGAGCGGGGCCGUCAUCGGGACCGUGACGGACGCCGCAGUCCAAGGCCCGCACCUAACCGGGAGAACGGCGACCUAAAACACCCUCCGGCGCAGAGAAACGACCUCUUCGUCAUCGACAAGCGCGGCGACCCGCUGAUCCUGCAGUACGGAACCAACGACCGAUCCAUAGUCCCAGCCUACUACCGCUUCGGCUCAGGCAGGAUCAUCGGUUCGCCCGGCUUCCUCACCAUCCACCGCGACACAGCCCAUGAGCAGUUCAGCAUCAGAGCACCCGGCGAGGGCAGCGGCAGCGGCUCCGCCUUCGGCGACAAGGCCCUCGUCGCAGCAGCCAACCGCGUCGAGUCCAAGCGGAUCAGGCCAUCCUCGGACCAGCCGUCCGCACCACCACAAGACUUCAUCCCCCUCGAACCCUCCCGCAAACGGAAACGCGGCUCCGAAACCCCGGAACCCCAUCAAUCACCGCCAGACUACCGCUCCAUCUACAUCAGAACCCACACCUCCUCUUCAACUCCCUCCUCUCUUUCCCCAGCUUCCUCCCGCUCCAGUUCCCCAACCCCCCAAGCCCCGAAACCCGAACUCACCACGACCCAAACCCGCGCGUCGGCCCUCUCAUCCCACGUCAAAUCCCACCCCUCCGACACCGCCGCCUGGCUGGCCCUCAUCUCCCUACAGGACGCCCUCUUCGCAGAGAACCGGCCCGGUCCCAGGACGGCCGACGAGUCCCGCUCGCUGGCCGAGCUGAAGAUUGGCUUGUUCCAAGAGGCUUUGGAGCAUGUCUCGGACCCGGCCCAGAGGGAGGGGCUGAUUCUGGGCAUGAUGGGUAUGGGGCGGAGGGUGUGGGAUGAGAAGGUGCUGGCCAGGAAAUGGGAUGAGGUGCUGGCUAAGGAAGGGAGUGGGAGUUGGGGUCGGGCUGAGUUUGGGUUUGGGCUGUGGAAGGGGAGGUUGGAUUUUGAGAUGGGGAGGGUGGCGUCUUUUGUCCUGGACGACGUGAAGGGGAUGGUGACGGCGAAGUUGGCUGAGCUGGGGGAGGUGCUUGCCAAGAUAGCGGGUAGCGAAGGAGAGGAGGAAGAGGUAUGUGAGGAGGUGGUUUAUCUGUUCUUGAGGCUGACGAGGCUAUUGUGGGAUGCCGGGUUUGGGGAGCUGGCGGUUGCUGCGUGGCAGGGACUGUUGGAGAUGACGUUUUGCCGGCCGAUGGGCGAGUUGAGUGCUGAGGCUGCCAUGGAGUCGUUUGGCGAGUUCUGGGAGAGCGAGGUCGCACGGAUUGGGGAGGAGGGAGCCAGGGGCUGGAAGCGGUUUGCCGAGUCGGGCCAGGACACGACUGAUUCGCCUGAGCCAAGGGUGGAGAGUGCCGGCGUGGUGCCCCAGGCGGCGGACCCCUUCAAGACGUGGGCGGCGGCGGAACAGCAAGCGACUUCAAGGGCGCGCAUGCCGGCGAGGACGCUUGAUGAAGGGACCGAGGACGAUCCGUUUAGGGUCGUCAUGUUUUCGGAUAUCAAGGACUAUCUCGUGUGGUUUCCGUCCGCUGUGCUUGCGCGGCUGAAGCCUCUGCUAGCAGACGCAUUUUGCGUCUUCUGCGGGCUUCCAGCGGCUGGGCUUUCAGGGGUGAGAUUCGCCGCUCGGUUAAAGGACCCAUUCGUUGCAGGUAACGAACACAGACACGACCUCGGCCUUAACAGGGUCGAUUCCGGGGCAACACUAGAUCUCUCACGGCGAACCCCUGAAUUCACGCAACAAGGUGACAGCAUGGCCGUGUCACCUGAGGUGCUGUUCUCCGGCGAUUCGUGGUUCCGGUACCUUGACAAGUGGUCAAAUCAGUCAGGUGAUAGACAGGUCGAAAUGGCCUGGGCGCUGUGCACGGUCGGCUACCUUGUCAAAGACUGCGGAAUGGAGACCCUGGCAGAGUACUAUUUGGCCAUGGCAUGGCUGAACGAGCCUACUGAAGCGAGGAAGAUCGCAAAAGGGCUGCUGAAGCAGUACAGCUCCAACAUCCGCCUCUACAACGCAUAUGCCCUAGUCGAGUGGGCGAACCGGAACACCGAGGUUUCUCACAAGGUCCUGGCUUCAGCGACUGGGCUGGCACAGCCAUCAACCCCCAGCAACAGCCAGCUGCUUUGGAACACAUGGGCCUGGAUCCACCUCGAGUCCGGCCAGAAGGAGAUGGCCUUGGUCCGUCUCUGUGCUUCCGUGGAUAGGGACUUCCACUGCUCUGCCGUUUCUCCGGCCCUGCUCCUCAAAACCAAGUCGCACCUCUCCAACACCCGAGACUAUUCGCUGUCUUCCCAGCAGCUGGAGACAGCGGCACGCUAUGCCGAGGGCCUGAUGCUGGUGGAGUAUCUCGCCGGCGAGGAGUCGGGUACUGAGCCGGCUUCCGAAACCCAAGGCAACAUCACUGCUGCUCUCUCAACCAUUCACGCCUUCUCGCGAAAGCUCGGAUCCCGUAGCCUAAGCCAGUCCACCCACCACGAACGCCUUCUCCAAACCGCCGCGCGAUUACUAUACCACCAUGCAACCCAUGGCCCCUAUCGCCCAAACUACCUCGCGUCCCAACUCCAAGCCUUCAUCGCCCUCUUCCCGCGCAAUGCGAUAUUCCUCUCCCUCCUCGCCUGGUCCCAGCCCUCGCCGCGCAUCAACGACCCCGUCCGGGCCACCCUCCAGUCCGUCUCGCUCUCCGCUGCUCACGACUGCCUCAGCACGCGCCGCUUCGCCAUCCAGCACGAAGCGCGCCUCGGUACCGCCCAUUCAGUCCGGGCGGCCUUUGAGGCGGCGCUGGAUAGCGAGGCGUGCAGGGCGAGCGUCGAGUUGUGGAUGGCGUACAUUCGGUUCUGCUGUGCUAACAGCAAGGAGUUGAGGGGUAAAGCGAAGGAGGUGUUUUAUCGCGCCAUUGGGGCGUGUCCGUGGGCGAAAGAGGUGCACAUGUUGGCUUUUGGGUUGCCGUUGGCUGGGGAGCUGGGCGGGUCGGAGUUGAGGGCUGUCGUGGAAACGAUGGUGACCAAGGGUUUGAGGGUCCAUGUGGAUUUGGGGGAUUUCAUGGCCCAGUGGGGGCAGCGGAGGGAUGGGAGAUGAUUGCGUUAUACGGAGGAAUUCCGAGAAGUCAGAUACAUCGCUAGCGGCAGCCGGCUUGGGUUGUGUUGUGACGAGCAUGAUAGAUCAGCUAGCUUCCUAUUUAAGACUCACUUGGCCCU